UCUGACCAAAUUUUCUAAUUAUUACAAAAAAUUAUUAUGUCCUCAUGUUGGAACGGAAUCAAACAGAUGUCAAUAAAUAGAAACAUUUUACCAAGAAGAUCUAUUAUUAAGGCAGAGGUCGAACCGCACCUCAACAUUUUCUCCAACAGGUCUUAAUAUCUGGUAUGAAUGCUCAGAUUGAAGCAGGCAGGGGCGCCUACCCUGGAGGGGCUACAGGGGCAGCUACCCCUCCUGCCCUCUUCCAGGAGGGGCAGAGGAGGUGUAAAACGACACUGUUUUACAGUUGCCCUGGUUAGUCCAGUACAAAGGAAACAACAGUUGAUUCCAACAAGAACCAGAAUAUAUGAAUAAUUAGCGAUAUAAACCAUAAGCAAUAGUUCAGCAAUUUAAUACAACAAGCAAUAUUCGUCAGCGGCAAUAAUGUUCGGCGGGUACACUGUACUGAAUUUAACGGUUAACUGCAACUUCAUAAAACGGAACGGCUUCGACACGACUUCACUUCUCGGCUUUACACUACGACUCAAUUUAACGACUUUCCUUGGCGGCUUUAACUAACGACUGACUCAACAUAAAACAGCAUGGCAAUAUAAUGAAUAACACAUGACCAAGAGACAAUAGGACGCUGACAACAAGUGAUGGCAACUAAUGAGAAAUGGCAUGGCAACGGAUUACAGAUUAACAAGAGGAACAUCACUGACAGGCAACAGGAAAAUCUAUUGUUUAACAGGGGCAAGCAGUGCCCUUGAAUAUUCACUCCUAAAGACCGGUUUACACGAUCAUAUUCAGGUCACAUUUGCAUCACAUAUUUUAUGUGAUCACAGAAUGUGAUCGUGUAAACGACCUUACAAGUUGCUUGAAGUUGUACGAAGCAGCAAGAAUUAAUCCUUUUUAAUUGCCUGUUAAUUCGAUGUCACAGAUUUUUCAUUUGACUAGCGAUCAAAUGUAAAUGUCUGUGAUGCAAUUUUUUCAAAGGCACCGACAAGUCUUUGUUGUCCUGGGAAGAAUCUUGUAGAUAAUUCAUGACUAGUUUAGCUACUUUCGCUAAAUUAAUUUCCACAGGAAAUUCAAAAAAAUAAAAAAUCUCCCUUUUUGCUCUCGGUCACUGAUAACGGAAAAUUAUUUUCCAGAAAAUGAUAAUAAACUCCAAAAAGCAACAGUUUUCUUAUAAGAUAUUGACUAUUUUGCCCAUCAUCAGGACAAGAAUGUUACGCUUAGUUCAUGCCAAAUAUUAAAAUAAUGAAAUAACAUAAUAAUAAAAUAUAAUAACAACAUGCUGAAGUAGAAAAUAAUUUGAUUGACAUUAGCUUAUUGUGUUUUUUAUUUUCCAUUCUACACUCUCAAUUUUUAUGCAACCAUAGAGACUAAGCGGAAAAUCAAAUAUACGGCCAGCCCUCUAACAUUUCUAUUGUUAGAGGUGUUGUUGGGAGAUGUUGAGAGCGUUUUAACACCCCAUACACACAAUGUUCAGUCGGCGCAAGCGCACUAGACUUGGAAUUUGCGCCAAAGUACGGCUUCAACGCGUCAAGAUCUCAGAUAAGACCAAGAGGUUGAGAGAAGGUUGAAUUUUAUAAAUUGUAUAAUGGCACACCAUGACAAACGCUUGGAAACAGUUGACAGUGAAAGCAAAUCGGAUGAGAUAGCGAUUCAAAGCAUGUUGCAAUACUAAUAUCCUGACCUUAGGAAAUCAUCAGGCAGCUACUGUUAAAGCAAAAGAGUAUCCGAAGUUCAUCUUCCAAACUUGUCUUUGAUCUCUGAGAGUCCGAAGUUCAUCGCUCAACGAAUGUUUAGUGGAAUUGUUGAGAGCGUUUUAACACCCCCAAUUCAACAUCACUGAACAUCACUAAAAAUCACUGUACAAAUGUUGAGCAAUGUUCAGUGAAAUGUUAAGAGCGUUUUACGGUUGCUGCAGAUGAAAGAGCUUUCAGCCGUUUGAAGCUUGUUAAAACGUACCUUAGAACCUGUAUGACAAAAUAGCCGCUUAGAAUCUCUUUUGUUGAUUUCAUGUGAAAAACAUUUAACCGACACAAUAAACUUGGAUAUUAUUUCAAAACGUUUGGCUGAGCUUAAAUCUAGAAGAAUUAAAAUCAAUUGAACUGUGUCAAAUGACUUUUUGAAAAUUUUUAUGUUUAUUGCGAUACCAAUGAAAUUAAUCUCUUAUCGAAAAUCUAUAGCCUAAGACACACUGUCUUUCUGCACUUUCUAUUUGUAUGUCUUUUCUCAAAUUCGCGAACAUAUUGGCACUUCGACAUCAUUCAUAAUCCAAGAACGGACUAAAACUAAAAUUUUCCUUACAGUCAGCAAUACCCGGACGCUGCUUGCGUGGUUUAACAGCACCAGCACCCCCUCUCAAAUUUGUUCUAGUUUGUUGAUAAGAAUAACAGUAUCUGUGCAGCGAUAUAAUUUCUUUGUUGUUUUUUUUUAUUUUGUACAGAUCUUUCAAAAAUAAGAGACAACAAAAACACCUAUCUUUAAGAUGCCACGCCUAUUCUGUAGGCAAAAUUUUUCUUUUACACCAGCCCCCCCCCCCUCUCCCCAAAGAAUAAAGAAUCGUCUUCGCGACGGGCCUGCCCAGGCUGGAGCCGCCACUGCCACAGUUUGAAUUUUUUCUUUGGCUUUAUUGAAGCCGGACCACACUGUGAUGAAGGACAUUUUGGUUAGGCGAAAUACUAAUUUUCCAAUUUCAUGCCAUGAGCCAAGCCAUUCCUCCUGCCCAAUAUUGUUCAAGCUGUUGUUGGUCGGUUUAUCUUUCUUUGAUACUGCUGUGCCCCCUGCUUUGAAGGGCUACCAAAAUCUUUGGCAGCAAGCACAGAAUUAUGAAGACCAUUGAAUAGCAGCCUUUACUGUUUCGAAAGGGAACUAUCGCAAGCCAAAGCCUCUUCGAAUGGAGAGGCUCGGGUAAAAGGUGUGAGCCAAAGGUCUUGACACAGUGGCUAUUCCCUGAAGUUUUCUUUUGGUCACGAAUCGAAACCAUAAUGGGAAUCGUGCUGGAUCAAGCCUCACUUCUAUAAACGUCAAAGCGACGGAGAGCUGAGAGACUUUAUUCCUUGCCGAAAGACGGGCUAUUUGCAAAAAAUGGGUAGACCAAAAACGAACUCAAAUGAUACGGUGGAUUCAUACUGGAGCUGGUUGUCAUGCUUUAGUAACUUCUUCGUUGGUUUUAUUUGCUUUGGUAUUCUGAGCAAUUUUGGAGUCUUCCAUCCGCGUGUGAUGGAUCACUUUGACACGGAUAAUCAAAGUUCAGCCUGGCUUGGAUCGUUGGCUUUUGGUAUGACUUUCUUCAUGACUCCGUUGAGCAAUGCUUUGUGCGAAGUGACGCGUGCAAGCUACGUCUCCCUUUUUGGGUCCCUUAUUUGCAUCAUUGGCUUGGUGUUAUCGUCGUUCGCAAGUGAUGUAUCAAUUCUGUACAUAACAUACAGUUUCUGUUUUGGCAUUGGUUCCUCUUUCGCCUUUUUUCCCACAGUGGUCGCCCUCAAAACCUAUUUCAAACGCUAUCUUACACUGGCCAAUGGUUUGGCUACUAGUGGAAGUGGUCUGGGCACAUUCACCUUAGCGCCAAUUAUUGAACAUUGCUUGGAAAGUUAUGGAAUAAAAUGGACGUAUUUGUUUUUGGCGGCCAUCGUGCUUUCCCUCGUUAUAUCUCAGAAAAUGCUCAUGUGCGUUGAACAACGUCACAAGCUUCCCCAAGAUACUGAGCAGCAACAGUUAUUGAUUUAUAAAAUCAAGUCAAUCGUUUUUCGAGGCGACUUGUGGACUGACAAGAAAUAUGUCGUAAUGGUUGCCUCAAUGGCUGUGUUUCAUUUUGGAUUCUUCAUUCCAUACGUCCACCUGGUUUUUCUUGCCACAAAAAAAGGGAUCCCUACAAUGAAGGCUACUAUGCUUAUAAGCUAUUUAUCAAUCUCAUCGACAAUUGGGAAAGUUGUUUUUGGUUUUCUUAUCAACUUCUUCCAUUUGAACGUCAGGAUGGUUACUGCAUUUUCAAUGCUAUGCAUUGGCCUAGGGAAUUGUUUUGUUCCACUUGGAGAGGAUUACAUUGCCAUCUUAUCAUACGCUGUCUUAUGCGGGUUAUCAGAAGGUUGCAUUGCUGGCCAAAUAGCAGUUACUGUCUUGGAGACUGUUGGCAGCAACAAAAUGUCUCAAGGUCUGGCCAAUCUGAUGGCAAUUAAUGCUAUUUUCAUGAUGUCAGGACCUCCUAUUGCAGGUUUCAUUUUCGACAAAGCCCAAUCCUACGACACUGCAUUCUAUUUAUCGGGCUCCACUUGCACAAUUGGAGCUAUUCUGAUGCUUAUGUUGGCUUUCAUUGACAGAAAAACCAAUAUUGAUCAGAAAGAAUAUUCAGUAGGGGAAGUUUCACCAAGUCAAUCCAGUUUGGACGAAAAUGAUAACAGUGAUAUCUGCCGUUUCAAAUUAAGUCGAUUCAGUCUGUUGAAGGAAACAUCAGUCUAGAUGGAAGCUGCUAAAAUACGUCGCAAAAGGUUUUUUUAUAAGCCAAAAUUUUUAGAAAAUAUCGUUUUAUGAUUUCUUAACUAGAAGAAAUCGUUUGAUGGUUUGCAAACUUUGGUGGCCUCAAUGAUCUGCCAGCUAUCGUCAGCAAACACUUUUCCCCAAUCCUGGAAAAGAAUUUUUCCUUCAUUCUUGAAUCUUUACCUCGUCGAGAAAACUCAGUAAACUUACAGCAAAUGUUUACAUUCUUGAUAUACAAAAACAAAUGCAAAUUAAAUGUGCCAAAAUUAUUUAGAGAAGAUUUCUUUAGUGGCGCAUUUUUUUAAUGUUAUUCAUUAAAAUGAACUACACUCUUUUAUGAUUAGAACACACUUGAUCAAAUGUCUUCUUAUAAAUAGGAACAUCGUAACUUGAUUUUCAAAAAAAAUAGAACAACGCAAGAAUGUAUUCUCAGCCUGAAACAUAAAAAUAAAUAACAAUGUGUUUUUUUAAAAUUUGCUCUCCUGUUAACAAAAUUUAUUUUAUCAGUUCAUCAUCCGUGCUACUAGAAAUUCCAUCAGAAACUGUUAUUUAGUGCUCAUAGAAUCAAUGUAUAGAAUUUAGUUGUAGAACACUCUUUGGAUAUAAAUAAAAUUAAGAAUAUCUAGCAUAGACAAAAGUUAGCUGGCUCUUAUUUAAUAAAUGAGUGUAAAUUGAGGGCUCGUACAUUUGUUUUAGUUGUUAGAAUAUAGCAAUAUUCGUUAUUACAAUUUCUAAAUUUCUUAAGGAAUGUAGUUCAAAACUUUUGGGGAAACUGGUAUAGUUUAUAUUUCUGUUUCAUGCUAUGCAUAUUUAAAAAUUAAAUUUAAUAUCUAUGUAAAUUGUGUUGAAUUCUUGUGUUUUGACCCUGACCCUUGAACUCUGAACUCUCUUACCGUAAACAACCAUUGUUAUUUAAAUAAUUCACGUGUUUUGUAUUUCACGGGGCACUCGUUUGUACAAAGUCUCUGCUAGCCUUUUCUUGGACACAAACAACGCUCACUGAUUCAGUGCGGCAGCUAGUUGCGAAACUAGAACUGGAAAUAUAGAUUUUGGUUUGGUCUAGUUUUUCCAUGCUGCUUAUAGGCCACUAUAUUACCUAUUCAAGUAGGGAAUCUUACUACCAGGACAUAUAGAUUGUGCACUGGAGUAGCAAAAGUAUGGAAACGGUAGGUCAAAAUGGCGGCUCAAAGUGUCCACGGGCCUAAGCCGACCAAUUUCAAAAUCAGAAUUAUGUGGUGAAGAGGGCUUGGAAACGAUGCAUUCGCAAUGGCGCAAGCUAUGUUAUGGCGGGAAAUGCAUUCGCAAUUCCUAGUUAAAAAAAUAUUGACAUAAAAUUUUGGCACAUGGUGACUAACGAAAAAGGAGACAGAAACUCUCGAUUGUAUUCAUCUCAAGCAGCUGAGGAGAAUAAAUAUCACCAAGAUACCGAAGUUUAACAAACAGACAAUU